CAUUUUGACCCUCACAAAAUGAAAUUCACAUCCAUUUUUCCUAGGCAAUUUCUUAUGUUUACCGUUUUACUUGCUAUUUAUCACUUCAUUUCCAAUUUUCUCGAGUCAUUCAAUUCCUUCCAAAACCCAUGGCUUGUUCUCCAUCUCACUUGCUCUCCUACCCUUUCAAUCCAAUCAAAUAUAAUCUUCUACUACAUUACACCAAAUUCCCAGAAAAACCCACAAAUUUAGCAACACUUAAAUUCACAACCAGAUUAAAUUCAUCAAUUUCCAUUUCACAAAUCACAGAAAAUGCAGAAGCAACCCCAGAACCAAAAGAGCCACCGAAAUUCAGAUGGGUUGAAAUAAGGCAAGAUAAAAUUACAGAAUCACAAAAACGUGCAAUUUCUAAAUUACCCAAGAAAAUGGAGAAAAGAUGUACGGCUUUAAUGCGGCAGAUUAUCUGUUUUUCAGCUGAAAAGGGUAGUUUGUCUGAUUUGUUGGGUGCUUGGGUGAGAAUUAUGAAGCCCAGAAGAGCUGAUUGGCUUGUAAUUCUUAAGGAAUUAAGCUUUAUUAAUCAUCCUUUGUUUAUUGAGAUUUCUGAAUUUGCACUUUUGGAUGAAUCAUUUGAAGCCAACAUUCGUGAUUAUACGAAAUUAAUUCAUCUGUAUGCCAAGAAUGGCCGACAUCAAGAUGCGGAAGAUGUGCUCUUGAUGAUGAGUAAAAGGGGGCUGACUUGUGAUCAGGUUAUAUUGACGACCAUGAUACAUAUGUACAGUAAAGCUGGCCACUUCAAGUUGGCUCAAGAAACAUUUGAGGAAAUGAAGCUUCUCUGUCAGCCAUUAGAUAAAAGAUCAUAUGGUUCAAUGAUCAUGGCUUACAUCAGAGCUAGUAUGCCAGAUAAAGGAGAAGACUUAAUUAAGGAAAUGGAACAGCAAGAGAUCUAUGCAGGUGCGGAAGUUUAUAAGGCAUUGUUGAGGACUUACUCCAUGAAAGGUGAUGCUGAAGGGGCACAAAGGGUUUUUGAUGCAAUCCAAGUUGGUGGCAUUUGUCCUGAUGUGAGAAUGUGUGGCCUUCUCAUAAAUGCCUACUUUGAGUCUGGUCAAAGUCAAAAAGCUCGCGUUGUUUUUGAAAAUAUGAGAAAGGCUGGUAUAGAACCUAAUGAUAAAUGUGUGGCUCUUUUGUUGGCUGCUUAUGAAAAGGAGAACAAGGUAAACUCAGCUAUGGAGUUCUUAAUACAUUUAGAAAAAGAAGGCAUCAUAAUUGGUAAAGAAGCUUCUCAAUUAUUGGUCGAAUGGUUCCGGAAGCUAGGAGUAGUAGAGGAGGUGGCAGAUGUCUUGAGAGAGUUUGCUGGUAAUGAAGCUGCUUUCUGAAUAUCCCAUUAAGUAGCAAAGGUGUGUCGUCGUUCUGAAGGUAUCCACAUUUCAUUGAUUUCUGUCAGUAGCUAUUGCGAUGGAGUGAUCAAGCAAAGGUGUGUUGUUCUAAAGGUAUCCACAUUUCAUUGAUAUCUGUCAGUAGCUAUUGUCGUGGAGUGAUAAAAAAUCACCAAACGUCUUUGAUCACAUUCAGAAAACCAGAAUGAAGAAAGUUUCUUGUUGCAAGUAUCAUCAAAAGACAAGCUCUGAAACUCUGAAGAGGUUGAGAGGUAGUAUAGCAACUAAAGAUCAGUACCAACUGGUUCUACUGUUGCAAGGGUCAAAUAAUGCUGAUGUUUUUUGCCUAGAGGCUUGGAGCAACUAGAACUUGCCACAUUUGCGAAACUUAAUAGGUGAAAUUUUCAGCUAUUUCGUAAGGAAAAGGAUGAUCUACAUUCAUUGUCAAUCAAUGGCACCGAUGCAUGUUGAUGAUUUCCUGUGAGAACUCUAUUACUGUAUUAUAAAGCUGUCUGAAAAUGCAUUAUUAUAUGGUUAAUUUUAGUCUUUUACUUAUCACAGAAUGUAUUAAAAUGGCUCCUCAAACUCUCAUUAAUUGUGAAUUGGCAUAUCAUACUGAAAUGAAAUAGCCUCUUUCAAUGCAAGAUGAAAGGUUGCAGAUAUUCAUCCUUGUCGAUAGUGAGGGAUAUUAGAGUUUCCUUCCCGGUUCCAGGAGAUCUUGGGAUCGAUUCUCACCCCGCCCUUGUGACUCUCUAAACACCAAAAAAAAAAGAUAUUCAUCCUUGCCUUCU